AUGGAAGAUCACUUAUAUUUUGAUGCAGUAGAAAAACUUCUUGAAAAUAAAAAUCCUAACAUAAAUAUUAAUGGAAAUAUUAUAAAUGAGAUAAAUGAAAAUAAAGAUAUAAAUAAUAUAGUAAAUAAUCAAUAUCACAAUGAAAAAAUAGAAAAUGAUGAAAAUAACUAUGAAAAUAGUACUCGCGAAGAUGAAACAUAUAUUUUAAAAAAUAACUCUAAUAAAAAAUACAUAAACGAAAAAAAAAAAAAAAAUAAGGAAGAAAAAAUAAAAGUUAGUGAUGAUAAUAAGAAAGAAAAUGAAAAAAAAAAAAUGAAAAAGAAAAUGGAAGAGAAAACAUUGCAAAAUAUAUCAUCUGAAUCAUUUAAAAACAAUGACAAUAAAAUAGAAGACAACAUAAUGAUAAAUAAAUUAAAUGAAAAAAAUGAGGUAUAUGAAAUUAAUAGUUCUAGCGAAUCCAAUAACGAAAGUGUAGUAUAUAUUAAAAAAAAUAUUGAUAAAAAUAUUGACGUAAGUAUUGAAAAGUAUGAUUCUCUUGAAAAUAGAAUUCAUAAGUUAGAUGAAAGAAAAAGUGAAAUUAAAGAAAAAAUUGAUAAAUCACAAAAAAAAUCAAAAAAAAAUUAUAAGAACAGUGAUGAUGAAGAUAAUAAAAUAAUGGAUCCAGAAAAUAGCAAUUUAUCAAAUGAAGAAAAAAGAGAGCAUACUAAUAAAAAUGAAAAAUGGAAAUAUGAUAAAGAUUUACAUCAAUCUUCAGGUUCAAAAGGGAAUGAAAAAAUGAAAGAUCAUAAAGAAGAGGAAAAAGAGGAAGAGGAAGAGGAAGAGGAAGAGGAGGAGGAGGAGGAGGAGGAGGAGGAGGAAGAGGAAGAUAAAAAUAAGAAAGAAAAAGGGGAAAAAAAAAAGAAAAAAAGAAAGAAAAAAAGUUACUCUAGUGAUGAACGAAGUUCAUCAAGUCAAGUAUAUAGUGACAAUGAUGAUAGUUUUUCUGAAGAAAGAAAUAAAAGAAAAAGAAAAAGCAAGAAUGGUACAUAUUAUGAAAAAAAAAUGGUAGAGGAGUACUCUUCUUCAAGCGAAUAUAGUUCAAGUAGUCAUGAGGAUAGUCAUAACAAAAGAAAAAGAUCAUACUCUAGUAGCAAAAGUUAUUUUAGUGAUGAUGACCAUUAUUGUAGAUCAAGGAGUAGCAAAAGAAGAAAAUAUAAUAAACACGAUAAAUUAAAAAGGAGAGACAGAGAAAGAGAAAGAAGAAGGGAAAGAGAAAGAGAAAAAGAGAAAGAAAAAAUAAAAAGAGAAAGAAUAAGAGAAAGAAUAAGAAGAGAAAGGGAAAGGGAGAGAGAAAGGUUAAGAAGAGAAAGAGAAAGAGAGAGAGAAAGGGAAAUGGAAAGAGAAAAAGAAAGAAUGUUAAGAGAAAAAAAAAGAGAAGAAAGAAGAUUAAAAGAAGAAAUGGAAGAAGCUAAAAGAGAUGAUUUAACUGUUUUAGUAUUAAACUUAAGUUUAAAAGCAGAUGAAAGAGAUAUAUAUGAAUUUUUUUCAGAAGUAGCGGGAAAAGUAAGAGAUAUUCAAUGUAUAAAAGAUCAAAGAUCAGGAAAAUCAAAAGGAGUAGCAUAUGUAGAAUUUUACACUCAAGAAUCUGUUAUAAAAGCCUUAGCAGCCAAUGGAUAUAUGCUAAAAAAUAAACCAAUAAAAAUACAAUCAUCACAAGCAGAAAAAAAUAGAGCAGCAAAAGCUGCAAAACAUCAACCAAUUGAUCCAAAUGAUAUUCCAUUAAAAUUAUAUAUAGGAGGUUUAUUAGGGCCUCUAAGUAAUAUAUCUGAGCAAGAAUUAAAACAAUUAUUUAACCCGUUUGGAGAAAUUUUAGAUGUAGAAAUUCAUAGAGAUCCUUACACAGGUAAGUCAAAAGGUUUUGGAUUUAUUCAAUUUCACAAAGCCUCAGAAGCUAUUGAAGCAAUGACAGUUAUGAAUGGAAUGGAAGUAGCAGGUAGAGAAAUCAAAGUUGGCUAUGCUCAAGAUUCAAAAUACCUUUUAGCUUGUGAUAAUACACAGGAAAAUCUUUUACAAAAACACCAAAUGAUAAAAAAAGUAAAAAAUGAAGACAUUGAACUAGAUAAUGAAAAAAUAGAUAAUGAUGACGAUGAUGGCGGGGGAUUAAUAGCAGGAGCUGGAAGUAAAAUAGCUUUAAUGCAAAAGUUACAAAGAGAUAACAUAAUUGACAAUAAUAUACCUAAUAAGUAUGGCCCAGGACCAAAUGCACUAAUAAAUAAAAAUUCGUUAGCACCAAUUAACCCAUUAAGUAAUGUUACACCUAAUUUGGUGUUAAGUAAUAUGUUUUCACCAAAUGAUAAUAAUAUAGGAAGUGAUCCUGAUUUUUUUAAUGAUAUAAUUGAAGAUGUUAAAGAAGAAUGUAAAAAAUAUGGAACCAUUGUUAAAAUAUGGUUAGACACAAAAAAUAUUGAUGGAAAGAUUUAUAUUAAAUAUUCUAAUCAAGAAGAGUCAUUAAAAGCAUUUCAAUUUUUAAAUGGAAGAUAUUUUGGAGGUUCAUUAAUAAAUGCUUACUUUAUUACAAAUAGUAUAUGGGAUACAACUUGCCUUUAA